AUGGGUCUUCUAUUGCGCCAAAUUGCCAUCUUGGUUCGCAAGGACCUCCUCUUGCUGUUCAGUGGUCCAAAGAGCAGGCUGAGCACACUUAUACGGGCACUCUGGAUCCCCAUCAUCUACUCGCUCUACAUGAGUGUCAUCAUCAAAGUGUACUGGCCAAAGGAAAAGUACGGUGUCGGGAAUCUUCAUCAGCUUCUGUCUCUUCAAUAUGCAAUGAAAACUGCGACGGGAGGACGCGAUACUGUGGUCUUCGUCAAUAAUGUCUCACUUGGUGGUGAUAUCGAUCGUGUUAUCAAUAACAUUGCUACUCCCAUUCGAGCAUCAGCAAAGAUGCAAUCGUUCUCAACGAUCCAUCGGAUCUACUUCAGUACUGGUGGUGCAGUCUCGCUUCCAUCGACCGUGAACGAAUAUCCAUUUACUUCCGUGACACAAAAGGCAUGCACUGCUCGAAUUACAACGGACAUCCAAAGGGCAACCACCAACCAUCUCUCCGUCGUCUGGUACAUUGGAUUUGUUGGCAUCAUGUACCAGCUGGUUGGUCUGAUGGCCAAGGAGAGAGAAAUCGGCAUGUCAGAUCUCGUCGAAUCCAUGAUGCCGAAUGUACGACGCUGGGAGUGUCAAUUUGCUCGACUAAUCGGUCACUUUCUCGCAUUUUCCAUCGUGUAUGCACCUGGAUGGAUAGUCAUGGGUGUAAUUGCCAAACAUGGACUGUUUCUUAAGACAUCCGGAAGCAUCGUCGUCAUCUUUUUCAUUCUGUCCGGUCUUGCUCUCAUAUCUUUCAGCAUAUUAGGAGCUUCAUUCUUCCGAAAAGCACAGCUCAGUGGUAUCACAACUGUUGUACUUGCUCUCUGUCUAGGUAUCAUCGCUCAGAUCGAGAGCAAAUCGUUGGAUUCGGCUACCGUAGUCAUACUGGGUCUGCUGUUCACCCCAAUGACCUUCGUCUUCUUCUUGUCCGCUGCAUUGCGAUUCGGUUUUAAUCAGGAGGCUGCCAAGCUGGGAGAAUCUGCACCUGGAACUCCGUGGACACUGCAUAUUGGAGUUCUAUGGGCUUUGCUGGUGAUGCAGAUCAUCGCCUAUCCAAUCCUUUCUAUGUAUGUCGAGCGUUGGUUGUAUGGGACAGCAGCUCAGCGUUCGAAGAGAAACGUUUCAUGGGGUGGAAUCGAAAGUAGCACGCCAGUCCGACUGACCAACUUCAAGAAAAUAUACCAAAAAAGCGGGAUUGUUCGUUUUGCAGCGCGUAUGUUCGGAAUCAGGCUCACUCCAGUCAUUGCUAUCAACGAUCUCAGCUUGACUGCCUUGCAAGGUCAGAUUCUGGCGCUUGUUGGCGCAAAUGGCUGUGGGAAAACGUCUGCACUGAAUGCCAUUGCGGGAUUGAAUAGCAUCACCGAUGGAUCAAUUACCGUGGAUGGCUCAGGAGGCAUUGGGCUAUGCCCACAGCAAAAUGUCUUAUGGAAUGGCCUGACGAUUGAGCAACACGCAAAGAUAUUCCACAAGCUGAAGACGACAUCAGCAGCAACUUCGAAUGACGAAGUCUGUGGGCUCAUCAAGAAAUGUGGCUUGGAAGGGAAGAGAAAAUCACGUGCACGAACAUUAUCGGGAGGGCAAAAAAGUAAGCUGCAGCUAAUCAUGAUGCUCAUUGGCGGUAGUCGCGUUUGUUGCCUUGAUGAAGUCUCAGAGGGUCUCGAUCCACCAUCCUGGCGACGCAUUUGGGAUAUUCUCCUAGCGGAACGAGGGCACCGAACCUUUAUUCUCACCACUCAUUUCUUGGAUGAAGCAGAAUAUCUUGCAGAUCAUAUCUCCAUCAUCACGAAAGGUCAUCUGAAGGCAGAAGGAUCUACAUCCGAGCUUAAAGCUCGUCUUGGAAGUGGAUAUCGAGUUCUUGUGUCCCCAGGAACGGACGGCGAUGCGAAUGGCAAUCUGGCAGAACUAUCACGGAAGAACGAGGAUCAAAACGUACAAGUCUCAAGGGAUCAAGAAUUUCCAAUCACCGGCCCAACAAUAGAAGAAGUGUUCAUGAAGAUGGCAAUCGAUACUUCGGAUGACUCUGGCACUGAUAAGGUCGAACACAUUGAAAUAUUGCAUGACGGUCACCAUGAGAAGAUUGCCACAGAUAUUGAUGCUACCGACGAAACAGCUCUUUUGACUGGGCAUCGUAUCGGAGCCUUUCAACAAAUAUUUACCUUGUUCAGGAAGCGAGUCACAGUCUUGCGCCGAAGUUGGGUCGGGACAUUUGCAACUAUUGUCAUUCCAAUUGCUGGUGCGGGUCUGGUCUCGAUGCUCAUCAAGAAUUUCCGAAAUCCUGGCUGUAACUUCGCCGACCAAAUCAGUGUCUCAGACAUCGAGACCUUGUCGAUGAGCCUGACACCACAAAUUGUCAUCGGACCUCAAAGUGCGCUAACACUCCAGAAACUUGAGCUUUUCUCUCGAGUCCUACCGAAUAUCACCCAAGGAAUUAACAAGUCGGCUAUCAUUCAAGGCAUACACGUUGUCAACAGCCUUGAUGAGUUUCUUAAUUUCACUAACAGUAACUACUCUACAAUAGUUCCUGGAGGUAUCUUUUUGGGCGCUCAAGGCUCUGUUCCUACUUACAGCUACAGAUCCAACUUAGGCGUACUUGGAGUUUAUGCUGCGAUCUUCAUCCAAAAUGCUAUGAAUGUGCUGUUGUCGAAUCAGACCAUUGCUACACAGUAUGGAUUGGCUGCGUACCCCGCAUUCUUCACUCUUUACCCCACGGCUGAGAGUUUAAGAGGUGUUCGGGCUUUGCAAUAUUCAAAUGGCGUUAGAAGUCUACCUUUAUGGUCCGCAUAUCUAACCUUUGAUGGAGUGAUUGUUCUUUUUAUCAGUGUUAUAGUCACUCUAAUAUUCGCCACUGCUGCUCCUCACGCUUGGUUCUCCCUAGGCACAAUCUUCUUGUGUCUCUUCUUGUAUGGCAUCACGUCGAUCCUGUUAUCAUAUGUGAUAUCACUGGUGGCCCGAUCCCAACUGUCUGCUUUUGCAUUUUCAGCUGGUGGUCAAGCCGGCUCACCACCGGUCAAGGCAACAACCCCUGGCCCCUUGCCCUUGUUUGGUGCACCAAUAAUUUAUCUGAUAUGCCAAUCACUUUCUCUGUUCGGCAUCUUAGUCUGGUCAGAUCAUGGAUUCUCGUUUCCUAGCUUCAGGGCGGGGUCCGUAGAAAUUGACUUUGAGGAUACGUCCACGAAAGAGCCUGAAGUAUCAGACGAAAUAAAUCGCGUGGCUAAAUCGGAUGAUGGUCUUAGAGUCUUACAUACUAGCAAGACACUCAAAACGAGAGCUAGUGGUAAGACGAAAGUUGUGGAUGAUCUAACAUUUGGUAUCAAACGGGGAGAAGUCUUUGCACUCGUAGGUCCUAAUGGAGCGGGAAAGUCUACCACAAAUUCCAUGAUUCGAGGAGAAAUCAAGCCAGAUCAUGGAAACGGGCAGAUAUUUGUCGAGAAUACCCCAGUAGCGAAGGACAGAGAUGCAGCUCGUUCUCAUCUGGGAGUAUGUCCGCAGCAUGAUCCAUUAGACAAGAUGACGGUUCUCGAACAUCUUUGUUUCUACGCAGGGAUCCGUGGUCUUAGCGAUAUUGAGCAAAAUGUCGAUAAUCUUGUAAAGGCUGUUGGUCUUGCACCUUUCCGAGAUAGAAUGGCGAGCAAGCUGUCAGGUGGAAACAAGAGGAAGUUGGGGAAUCCCGAUGUAUUAUUGCUGGAUGAGCCAUCUUCGGGUAUGGAUCCUCUCGCCAAGAGAAGCAUGUGGACAACACUUUCAAGAUUCGUCCCUCAUCGGUCGAUCCUCCUUACCACGCAUUCAAUGGAAGACGCGGACGCAUUAGCCUCUCGUGUUGAUAUCCUGGCUAGGCACAUGCUCGAUCUUGGAACGACACAACACUUACGCGCCAAACACGGAUAUGGCUUUCACGUCCAUCUCGUACUUAAAUCUGCGCCCACCACAGGUCUGGAUGAAAUGGAGAAUUUGAAAGAGUGGGUAGAAGGGAAAUUUAAGGGCAGUGAGAUGUAG